UAAAUAUUUAGAUUUUACAACAACAACAACAACGAAAAAACAAUGAAUCAAAUAAAACCCGAAGAUUACGUUACAUUGACCUAUAAAGUGGAUGAUUAUCUAUUAGAGGCGUUUGAAUUGAUUAAUAAUGAAAAUAAUUCAUACAAUCUGAUUGUUGACCUGGGCUUCGGUGACGGCAGAGUUACCCGAAUGCUGUCCAAACACGUACAACACAAACAAGUGGUGGCCAUCGAUGUCGUACCAGAAAUGUUAACACACGCUAAGGCUAACAAUGCAGACGACACUACCAUUGAGUAUGUAUUGCAAGACAUGACUGUUUCGUGGCUUGAGUUGAGUCCACGGAUCAGACAAUUGGAGUCCAAAGUGGAUCUACUGUUCUCUAGUUUUAUGUUACACUUUAUACCCGAUAAGUGUCAGGUAAUGGAUAUAUUGUCAAAGUUGUUGACCAGCGGUGGACUGUUUUAUGCAAAUAUUGUUAUUACAGCUGAUUUGAACAGAAAACUUGUCGAUAAUAACAAUAGUAGAGUUGAUAAACAACUUCAACAACAACUGUGGUAUCCAUCGAUUGACAAACAGAUGAAUAAUUGGAAACAGAGUUUAAUAGUUAACGGAUUUGUUAUAAAACAAUUCAAUUUAUUUGCUAAAAAUUAUUUAAUGACUCGCAAACAGAUUAUCGAUUUUAUGCCAGUAAUUGUUGGAGAUUUUUCAAUCAAUUUCAAGGAUCGAAAACAGUUUAAUGAAGAAAAGGCCGAACAUUUGUGGGACACUGUAUUUGACGCCCACUUUAGCCCUCCGUCGGACGCUAUGGAGGGGACGGCAUCGGUGGCCAACCCUAACGCGUGGAAACAAUUUUUGGCCGACAAUACUAUUACUGAAUUGCGUUACUAUUAUCACACUUUACGAGUAAUAGCUUAUAAUAGUAAGCAAUAA